AUGAGGACAGUCCCGACCACGAUUCUCCUCCUGCUGCUGCUCCUCGCAUUGCCGCCGCCGGCGGCCGUGGCGCUCACCGACGACGGCCUCGCGCUGCUGGCCUUCAAGGCGGCCGUGACCGACGACCCGGCCUCGGUCCUCGCGAAGUGGUCCGAGUCGGACGCCGACCCGUGCCGGUGGCCUGGCGUCACCUGCGCCAACAUCUCGUCGCAGCCGCGCGUAGUCGGCCUGGCCGUCGCCGGGAAGAACGUGGCCGGCUACAUCCCCUCGGAGCUCGGCUCGCUGCUCUUCCUCCGCCGGCUCAACCUCCACGACAACCGCCUCACGGGCGGCAUCCCGGCCGCUCUCUCCAACGCAUCCUCGCUCCACUCCAUCUUCCUCUACAACAACGCGCUCACCGGCAAGCUCCCGAUGGCGCUCUGCGACCUCCCGAGGCUGCAGAACCUCGACGUGUCCAGGAACUCGCUCUCCGGCGAGCUGCCGCUCGACCUCCGGAAUUGCCGGAGCUUGCAGCGUCUUAUCGUCUCCAGAAACACCUUCUCUGGGGAGGUGCCCACCGGUGUUUGGCCGGAGUUGUCCAGCCUGCAGCAGCUCGACCUCUCCUCCAAUGCUUUCAACGGCUCCAUCCCGCCGGACCUCGGCCAGCUCCCCAAGCUCUCCGGCACGCUCAACCUCUCGCACAACCAGUUCUCCGGCAUCGUGCCGCCGGAGCUCGGCCGCCUCCCGGCGACCGUCACCCUCGACCUCCGCUUCAACAACCUCUCCGGCGCCAUCCCGCAGACGGGCUCCCUCGCCAGCCAGGGCCCCACCGCGUUCCUCAACAACCCCGCUCUCUGCGGCUUCCCGCUCCAAGUUGCCUGCCGAGCCGUCCCACCGCCGACGCAAUCUCCGCCGCCACAGAACACCAGUUCAUCAACAGCCUCCGCCUCUAACGACAGCCAGCAUCAGCCAAUUAAAUCAAGCCUGAUAGCGCUCAUCUCCGUCGCCGACGCCGCCGGUGUCGCCCUCGUCGGCAUCAUCUUGGUGUACAUAUACUGGAAAGUCAAGGACCGGAGGGAAGGCCGCGGCGGCCGUGGGCGUGCAAUCGCUGAAGACGACGACGAUGAUGAUCGGAACAAGGGGCUGUGCGGCUGCAUUUGGGGCCGCCGCGGCAGAGGCUGGGCGGACGGCUCGGAUGGCUCGUCGGACGACGAGGAAGGAGGAGACGGCAAGUGCAGCGGCGCCGACGGGGAGCUUGUAGCGAUCGACCGGGGAUUCCGGAUGGAGCUGGACGAGCUGCUCCGGUCAUCUGCGUAUGUGCUGGGGAAGGGAGGGAAGGGGAUCGUGUACAAGGUGGUGGUGGGCAAUGGCUCGACGCCGGUGGCCGUUCGGCGGCUGGGCGGCGGCGGUGGUGGCGCCGAGAGGUGCAAGGAGUUCAGGGCGGAGGCGCGGGCGAUGGGGCGGGUGCGGCACCCCAACGUGGUGCGGCUGCGCGCUUACUACUGGUCACCGGACGAGAAGCUCGUCGUCACCGACUUCGUCGGUAACGGCAACCUCGCCACCGCGCUGCGUGGUCGCAGCGGUGAACCUGUGCUGUCGUGGUCGGCGCGGCUGAAGAUCGCCAAGGGCGCGGCGCGCGGCCUGGCGUACCUCCACGAGUGCAGCAGCACCCGGCGGUUCGUCCACGCCGAGGUCAAGCCGUCCAACAUCCUCCUGGACGCCGACUUCACCCCCCGCGUCGCCGACUUCGGCCUCGUCCGCCUGCUCGCCAUCGCCGGCUGCGGCCCCGACGGCGCGCUGCCGUCCUCCGGCGGCAGCCUCCUCGGCGGCGCCAUCCCCUACACGAAGCCGCCGGCGCCGGCGCACGCGAGCGGCUACCGGGCGCCCGAGGCGCGCGCGCCGGGGGCGCGGCCGGCGCAGAAGUGGGACGUGUUCUCCUUCGGGGUGAUCCUGCUGGAGCUGCUGACGGGGCGGGGCCCGGCGGACCACGCGUCGCCGUCGACGUCCGCGUCCUUCUCGGGACAGUCCACGACGACGACGGACCGGUCCGGGAGCGCGGAGCACGAGGCGGUGCCGGAGGUGGUGCGGUGGGUGCGGCGCGGGUUCGAGGACGCGCGGCCGGUGGCGGAGAUGGUGGACCCGGCGCUGCUGCGGGAGGCGCCGACGCUGCCCAAGAAGGAGAUCGUCGCCGCGUUCCACGUCGCGCUGGCGUGCACCGAGGCCGACCCGGAGCUCCGGCCCAAGAUGAAGACCGUCGCCGACAGCCUCGAUAAGAUCGGGUCGUGA